AUGGCGGCCAUGAGAGCUUCUUCUGCUGCUGCGGUGGCUCUGCUGCUGCUGCUUCUCUCGGUUGCGGCGGCCGCCGCAGCCGGCCGCCCGGCACGUAAAGAUCUCGGACUCGGACUCGGCCUCGGCCUGGGUUUAGGCCUCGGUGGCUCAGGCUCCGCCUCGGGAUCCGGCUCAGGUUCUGGGUCCGCUUCGUCCUCUGGUUCGGGCGCUGGCUCAUCUGCCGGCUCGUACGCCGGUUCUGGCUCAGGUUCUGGUGCAGGCUCAUCUGCCGGUUCGGGCGCAGGGUCCGGCGCAGACAAAAAGAUGUGGAAAGCUCUCUUGGGGGAUUCCACCAAGUUAGAUGAUGAGGAGAUGGAUGUGAAUGGUGAGGCUGAGUUGGAAAGACGUGGACUUGUGUUGAUCAGCUUGACCGAGGAGCCACUCAAAGAGGAGCUUGUGCUGCAUGGCCGAGUAGGCAAUCGACGAAGAGGAUGCCAGCCAAGUCAUGGGGAGUGA